AUGUUCCGCAAUUCGCCAACGUAUCCCUAUCCGACGCUUUUCAGUGCUGCACCAGACGAAUGUUUUCCACAACUGCUAAGCUGUCUGCCGGCGAAAGAAGAGCUUAUGGAAUACUUGAGAGCUUUCCAGAGACGAGUCUAUCAAGUGCCUGCGGAGAUGACGAUUAAUGAGGUAGAAGACUUCCUCUCAGACGCUAGAAAGAACUCUGAGCUCUAUCCGACUACUUUGGCGUUUCUGUUUGGGCUUAUCGCACUGGGAACGCAACACUCAACGUGGGAUAGAGGAGGAGGAAAAUGGGAAGCCAAAUUCAUCGAAGUCGAAACGCAGAAGAGCAAAGUCUAUAUUGCAGCAGCGAUGCAAGCUUUACGAUUGGCUUCAUUUACACACAAGCCUUCCCUCUCGUCAAUUCAAACGCUGCUCAUGAUCGGAAGUUAUUUGACCAACGAUGGAAGAAUGCUAGACGCAUACACUUUAUUCGGUACUACUAUUCGCCUCGCCCAUUCGACUGGUCUUCAUCGUCACCCGAAAUAUCUUGAUCCGGCACCCACAAACGAGAAGGACUGCGCAGUGCGACAAAAGGUGUGGUGGCAUAUGUUGCACCUGGAUGAACAUAUGUCCAUGACGCUCGGCAGACCGCUUGGAAUAACCGGCAUCGGAGACAAUCCUUGGCCGGUCGAGUUGACGACUGAUCCAGUCUUGCUACGUUUUGGCGAAUUUGUCAAUCACUUCACCGUGUUGGCCAGGCAAAUUAUGAGUUGCGACCGCUUGACAAGUGUCAGGAUUAAUGAGCUCACAGACGCACUUCAAAGAUUACUGGAUACGGUGCCUGAGACGCUGCAAUUUAAUGACACCUGGAUGUACUCUGAAACCAAUUUACCUGAUCUCUACGCUAUAGCUAUUGUGUACUUCUGUAAAGCGCACACAUACAUCGUGCUCUUGAAUCGACAGAGAUUCGAGAAGCACACCACUCAGGACACCAUGCCAAUCGGCGCGGAUAGUGAGACAACAUUCCAAGCUGUCAACCGUUCGUUCUCUUCAGGGUUCCAACCAGAGACAUGGUCAACACAAGCCACUCGUCGCGCAAGAGCGCUAGUACUUGCUUCAUCGGAAGCUCUUCUUACUGCCUUCAUCUUCUUUUAUCAUCGAGACCCAGCAGCGCUGAUCUGUUGGACUCUAGCGCAACAGGCCUUCAACAGUUCUAUGAUCCUCCUAUUGGACGCCAUAGAAUGCCGGACAAUCACUGUUGGCGCCAUGAAGGCAGAACAGGCGGUCGUCAUUUUUAAAGAUCUCUAUGAGAACAACGUGCAUAGCCUUGCCGGAUUAGCCGUAGAGAAGAUCAGCUGGGGUCUGCAAGAGCUGCAUACAGCCAUUACGAAGCAGCCUGGCGGUUUACUACGAAAACAGGGCAAUGCGGCAGCCCAGGAAGCUAACAAGAAUGAACCAACAAGGAUUUUGUAUAGGAGUGAUACAGUUAUGGGCCACACCGGAACGUUCCCACUCGAAGGCCCUGGUCAACAAGCUCUCCAAGACGGAGUGUUUGUCCUGGAAACAUGGGAUGAUCUCCAAACCUCAACCCAAUUCGGAGAACAACAACAAGGGUCAUCUUAUCUCCACAUGGCAGACCAGAAAGAAACAGCACCAUCCAAGGACGACGCUGACAGUUCUAGACCGGCAGAGAUCAUGCAGGGUCUACGCAGAUCGACCACGUUGCGAUCAGCGCCCACAAGAUACGCGACAAGGUCUGGGGACGAUCACAUGCAGCCACAUGGUUACACGGCUCCAGCAUCGCCCUCUGACUUCUUCAUACUGCAUGGACACGGGCGGAAGGAUACGACGAACCCUCACGAGUGGCAAACCUCUCAAGGAGAUGAGAGAACCAUUCCGCUUCACUUACACAGUCAGCUGCAGAAGGUCACAGCAUCAGCAGAAGCGGAGAACGACAUGUUUUGGAAUCAAGGCUGGCGCUUCGAAGGCCCGGACGAAAGUCAAGGACAUGAAACCCCACCUUCCGCAUGGAGCCAUCCGCGAGACGAGUCCCACGGCCUGCAUAGACAUAGAUCCUGUCCCGGAAUCCCCCCAACCAACGCGCAACCGCCACUCUUGAGGCCGCAUUAUUCCCUGCUGAGCGAAAAUGAUAGAUCAACGGCCCGAACAUCGCGAAACAUACCACUGCGGACUACUAGCUCAGGAGAUUACACCCCCUUCGACGCACCACAAUAUCCCUCUUACGACUCGGAUCCGAGACCUUACAACCACUUUGCCUCUAGCCCUGCAGUACCGUUACCGAUAUCAAGUAUCGCUGAGGCCGCACGUGUAUAUGCGCCGACCACUCAUGGGAUGUCCCAACAAGGAGAGCAAACGCAUAUGAGAUGCCCGGUCGUUCUACAUCCAUCGACUGUGGGUCCUUCAUCCUCGCGUACGCCUCUAGCCUCUAGCCGCGAUAUGGAUGAUUGGAAUGGAUACAUGGGUAGUGAAGGGUUUAGAGAAGGGGAUGUGAAGUGA